AUGGACGAAACCGGUACGGUGAGGUUUCCGGGAAACUUAGACCCCAGGGCACAAGAGUUCCGGCCGAGACACCCGUACAGCCCCAGCAGUUUGACCCCGGUUCAACCUCAAAUUUACCAUCCGUACCCUUUCCCUCCUUACCACCCGUUCAACGAACUCCAACUCAUGCCCAUCUGCGACGGUGGCGGCGUACUGUACCCCCCGUUCCCCACUCCCCCGGCGCACGUUAGCCCCCUCGCCGUGAACUCCCCUCCUCUCCCUCCGCCGUCCGCGGCCCCGUCUCGGACGCUUCUCCUGAGCUCGGUCCCCGCCGACGUGAGCGAAUCGACGGUGAGGAGGGAAUUGGAGGUGUUCGGAGACGUGAGGGCCGUCCAGAUGGAGCGAGUGCGUCACGGAAUCGUGACCGUCCAUUUCUACGACCUGAGAAACGCGCAGGCGGCGAUGGCGGCGAUUCGGGAGCAGCACAUGCAGCAGCAGAGCCGGCUUAGGCGCCACUUCGACGCCUUGUGGGCGCAGAAUUCGGUCCCCGAGACAAUGAAUUUCGUAGCUCCGCCGCCGCCUCCGGCGGCGCGUGGGCUCAUUUCCGGUCGUGCCGUGUGGGCCCAGUUCAUGAUUCCACCGAUGGCCGCCGUCCCCGGCGGUCUCAACCAGGGAACCCUCGUGAUUUUCAAUUUGGACCCAGAUGUCUCCACCGCGUAUCUCAAAGAAAUCUUUCAAGCUUUUGGACCAGUGAAGGAACUGAGAGAGACACCAUUAAAGAGGCACCAAAGGUUUGUGGAGUUCUACGACGUGAGAGAUUCAGCCAAGGCUCUUGAGGAGAUGAACGGAAAGGAAAUCGGCGGGAAGCAUGUGGUGAUCGAAUUCAGUCGCCCCGGUGGCCAUAGCAAGAGGUUCUCAAAAUCCACCACACAAAACACUUUCCACCACUUCAAUUCUAAUCCCAAUUACCCUAGUAGGAAUCCACAUUGCCUGCCACCACCACCACCGCCACCGCCACCGCCACGUAAAUUAUCCGGUCACCCCAAUGUGCCACCGCGAUGUUACAAUUCGAGAAGCCAGCCCGCCGUGACAAAGAAAUGGAGUUAUGGUAAAGGCAGCAAGUGCACGAUUAAUGGGGACGUUGAAGCUUCAAUGGCUUCUGUGUGUUUAGAGGGUACAAUUGGAAAUGGAAAUGAGGCUCCAAAGAAGAAUUCAAAGAAGAGUACUUAUACUACAGCAGUUAAUAAGGCUAAAAAGAAUAGUAGUGGUAGUAGUAGGGCAUUGAAGGGUAGACAAGCCAAGAGUUAUGAUCCUCGUUUUUUAAUAAAUGAAGAGGCUAUCAUGGAAUCAAAUUGUGGAGACACUAGGACCACUGUCAUGAUCAAGAACAUACCCAACAAGUAUAGUCAAAAGCUGCUGCUGAACAUGUUGGACAACCACUGUAUUCAUUGCAAUGAACGGAUAGCGGACGGGGAUCAGCUCUCCUCCUACGAUUUCGUGUACCUUCCCAUUGAUUUCAUUAACAAGUGCAAUGUGGGAUAUGGGUUCGUGAACAUGACAUCCCCACAGGCCACAUGGAGACUCUACAAGGCCUUUCACCUUCAGAAUUGGGAGGUCUUCAACUCCAGAAAAAUUUGUGAAGUCACCUACGCCAGAUUGCAGGGAGUGGAAGCACUGAAAGAGCACUUUAAGAACUCAAGAUUCCCAUGCGAGGCGGAGGAGUACAUGCCAGUGAUGUUUUCACCACCUCGAGAUGGGCGGCAGCACUUGACGGAGCCCAUCCCCAUCGUUGGCCGAGCCAUGAUCAGUUUUUUAAAAGAUCACUCAGAAGCUGAUGAUGAUGAUCAUAAUGAUGAGAUGGACGGUGGAGAUGGGCCGGAACAAGAAGUAGUUGAAGAAGAUCAACGAAAUGGUCAUGUCAAUCAUAAUGAUGGUGAUGGUGAUCACAAUGACGUGGUAAAUAGCACUACAUCUUCAAACGGCGGCGAUAAUGGUGAUGAUUAUGAGUAGAGAUAUAAAUGUAUGUAGAGUUCCAAGUCUGUCUGUCACAAAAUCACUGCAGGAGAGAAGAUAAUCUUUGCUUAUAUCACAGCUACAGGUCUAUGUCUGUGUGUAAGGGUAGACCG